AUGCAAACUUUUCUUCUAUUUUCACAGAGUGGUCAGAGGGGUUUCUCUCAGGUUUCUCUCAGCACUCCCUGUCUUCUGAGUGGCUUCCAGACCAUGAAAUUUUGCCCCAGAACUGCUUUGUGGGUGGACUUCGGAAUUCAGUCUCCAAAGUGCACUGAUUUCUGUAGUUUCCUUUUCUGGAUACUACAGCUCUUGGUAUACAUCUGCAUUCCUAUUAGAGUAGGUGGCCCAAGAAACAGCAAAACAAUAAGUGUAAAAAUGAUUAUGGAUAUUGUUCCUCACUCACACCAGACAAAUUUAUCAGCUUCUUACAUGCAGUUAUAUUAUCUUCCAUUGAUGUUGUAUGUUUGGGCUGCAUUAGCUGGACUAGCAGGCACAUGGUCCUUACCCUACACAGGCACAAGCAACAGACUCUCACCCAGAUUUUCCCAUGAGGCCAGAGCAGCAGGUACUAUCCUGAUCCUAGUAAGCAUCUUUGUCUUCUUUAUUGUCUCUCUUCCAUUUUGA